AUGCCUGUAGCGAGUGGAAUUGCAGCAUAUAGAAAGUGCCAAUCAGACGACUUCCACUGCGGAACUCAAGCUUCCGAUCCAUGCAUUCCAAAAGAGAAAAAGUGCGAUGGGUAUAUCGAUUGCCGAUCAGGGAAAGACGAAGAAGGUUGUCCUGGAGUCUCUUGUCGAUUGGACCAAUUCAGAUGCUCUAAGGGAAAUCGAUGUAUAGAAAUGUCCCAGAAAUGCGACCACAAAAACGACUGUGGAGAUAACUCUGAUGAACAAGGAUGCAAUUUUCCUGUGUGCCACGGGGUCCAGUUCCGUUGUGCCAACGCUCUUUGUAUACCGAGCCAAUUCCGCUGCGAUGGUUACCAAGACUGCUCCGAUGGGUCCGACGAAGUGAACUGUACGUCCAUCGUCUGUCCAGACAACAAGUUCCUAUGUCCGAAAGGUGGUCCAGGAGGCUCACAUAAAUGCAUUCCGAAAAACAAACUAUGUGAUGGAAAAAAAGACUGUGAGGACAAUGCUGAUGAAGAAAUUGCUUGUUCCAAACUAAAUUGUCCAACUCUCAGCUGUGAGUAUAAGUGCCAAGCGUCAUUAAACGGAGGAUCAUGCUACUGUCCUGAUGGAAAGAAAUUGUCGUCCGAUAAUAGAACAUGUACAGAUAGGAACGAAUGUUUAGAAUGGGGAUAUUGUGACCAAUACUGUUCCAAUAGCGACGGAGGUUACACUUGCAGUUGUGCUGCUGGAUUCACUCUCAAAGACAAAAGAUGUGAAGCAGAAAAUUCUAGCUCGUUACUUCUCUACUUCGCCCACGACAAGGCAAUAUUUAGUAUGAGCAAUACAGGAAGCAACCUAAAAGUAGUUGUUAAUACUACUGGGGCAAGUGGUUUAGAUUUCCAUUAUAGAGACAAUAUGCUUUAUUGGUCAGACACAAAAACGAAAAAGGUUCAUUCGCAACAAAUAGUGGGUACACCAGGCUUUUCAACUCCGGAUAUAGAUCUCGCUCUGCCAGGCUCCUGGUUGCCAAUUGCAGUAGCAGUAGAUUGGAUAGGAAAUAAACUCUAUGUAGCAGAUUCUGUUGGUCAAAAAGUCGACAUUUUUGAACUCAGAGGAAAAUGGCAUGCAGUAGUUUUAGGCUCUAACCUAACCAACCCAGCUGAUAUAGCUUUAGAUCCUACCGUCGGUUAUAUGUUUGUAGCAGACAGUUCUCAGGUAUUAAGAGCCAAUAUGGAUGGUACUAAACCUGUGUCUAUAGUAUCAGAAGCAGCUUACAAAGCUUCCGGAAUAGCAGUGGAUAUUAUUGCUAAGAGAGUGUAUUGGUGCGAUUCUCUUUUGGACUAUAUAGAGACAGUUGAUUAUGACGGACAGAAUAGAUUUUUGGUAGUUAGAGGACAGCAAGUGCCAAGUCCGGCACGCUUAACCCUAUUCGAAAAUAGAGUAUAUUGGACAGAUGGUACAAAGCAAGGUGUUAUGUCUGUUGAUAAAUAUGAAACAAGCAGUAUUCAAUCAAUCUAUCGAAUGAGAGAUAUUAGAGAUCCAAAAGCUAUUAAAGCAGUCCAUGGUUUGGUUCAACCACAUAUCAUGAAUCCUUGUGGUAAUAACAAUGGGGGUUGCCAACAUAUGUGCGUCGUUACCAAAACAGGUACAACUUUAGGCUACAGGUGUGCAUGUAACAUCGGUUGGAAACUGGCAACGGAUGAACGCAACUGCGAUUUAAUUGAAGAUUUCUUAAUGUACUCACAACAGAGAUUUAUAAAGGGCAAAGUUCUUAAUCCCGUUAUAGAAGGUUUUAGCGAAGCUAUUUUACCAGUUGUUUCACGACGAGCCAGAUUCGUAGGCUUGGAUUACGAUGCCAAAGAACAGUUGAUAUAUUACUCAGACGUUUUACAAGAUGUUAUUUACAGAGUCCAUAGAAACGGCACAGAUAAAGAAAUAGUUCUGGCCUCCCAGAAUGAAGGAGUCGAAGGUUUGGCUGUAGAUUGGGCUGCUAAAAAUUUAUACUACAUAGAUAGUCGUAAGGGAACUCUUAACGUAUUAUCUACCCGUAAUAUUACUUACAGAAGAACGUUGUUGAAAAACCUUAAAAGGCCUAGAGCUAUAGUUGUGCAUCCUAAUAAAGGUUAUGUCUUUUUCUCAGAAUGGGACAGGCCAGCGAACAUAUCCAGAGCAUUGAGUGAUGGAUCGAACUUGAUCGUAUUUAAAAAUUUGACACUUGGUUGGCCUAACGGUCUUUCCAUAGACUUUGCUACUGACAGACUUUACUGGUGUGAUGCUCUUCUUGACCAUGUUCAGCAUUCCAAACUGGAUGGUAGUGAUGUUAAAACAGUUAACUCGAGGUUGAUCCGGCAUCCAUUCAGCAUCGUUAUUUACAAUGAUUUUAUGUACAUAACUGAUUGGAGGCUAGAUGCAAUAGUAAAAUUACACAAACUUACCGGUGCUGAUGAAGAAAUUCUUGUAAAAGAACCACAAACCAACCGUUUAUAUGGGGUAAAAAUAUACAGUGAAAAAGAACAACCGAUCAUAGAUUCCCAUCCUUGUUGGAAUAACAAUGGAGGUUGCCAGAAACUUUGUUUCGCUAAUCCAAGAGAUAAUAUGUAUGAACUGGUAGCCAAAUGUGGCUGUCCUUAUGGAGAGAGGCUGGCUUCCGACGAAAAAACUUGUCAAGCUGAUCCCAAUCAUGAACCUCCAGUACAAGCUUGUCCUAACAGUUGGGACUUCACUUGUAACAACCAAAGGUGUAUUCCAAAAUCAUGGGUGUGCGAUGGAGAUGAUGAUUGUUUGGAUAAUAGUGACGAAAAUCAAAACUGUACAAAACCAACCUGCAGCUCGAACGAGUUCCAAUGCAAAUCAGGUCGCUGUAUCCCCAUGACAUUCAAAUGCGAUGCCGAGAAUGAUUGUGGUGAUUUCAGUGACGAAACGGGUUGUGUCAACGUAACCUGUUCAAGCACCCAAUUCCACUGCGACAACGGACGAUGCAUCCCGAAUAGUUGGAAAUGCGACUCGGAAAACGAUUGCGGAGACGGCUCAGAUGAAGGUGAAUCUUGUGCAGAAAAGACCUGUGCCUACUACCAGUUCACUUGUCCUAGAAAUGGUCAUUGUAUACCUCAAAAUUGGGUUUGCGAUGGUGACGAUGAUUGCUUCGAUAAAGAAGAUGAAAAAGACUGUCCACCGAUUACCUGCCAGAGUAAUCAGUUUAAGUGUACUGAUUUGAAACAAUGUAUUCAGGAGAGCUACAAAUGUGACGGUAUUCCUGAUUGUAAUGAUGGCAGCGAUGAAGUUGGAUGUCCUUCCAUUGCACCUGACCAAUGUAAUUUGGAAAAACAAUUCCAAUGUCAAAAAUCGGGAAUAUGCAUACCGAAAGCUUGGUACUGUGAUGGAACUCCAGAUUGCGACGACAGAUCAGACGAACCAGAAUCAUGCGGCAAUAUCAACUGCCCGAAUAACUUCUACAAUUGUAACAGCACGCAGUGUAUCUUCAAAGCCUAUAUAUGUGACGGUAAAAAGGAUUGUGAGGAUGGAUCGGAUGAAAGCAGCAUACACGCCUGCGUGAAACCUCCUUUCAGAUGUCCACCCGGCCAGUGGUUGUGUCCAGAUGUAUCUGAGCGUUGUGUUAAUAUUACAAGUGUAUGCGAUGGUAAACCUGACUGUCCUAACGGAGCUGACGAAGGACCCGACUGUGCCUUCGAGGAAUGUUCACACCAAGCCGGACUUUGUUCUAAUGACUGCAAGCAAACUCCACAAGGACCCCUAUGUUUAUGUCCAAUUGGAGAAACAUUGAUGAAAGACGGCAUGAACUGUGAAGAUCUUAACGAGUGUGAUCCUCCUGGAAUUUGCUCGCAGAUAUGCACCAAUACUAAAGGAUCCUACUUUUGUUCCUGCGUGGAUGGUUACACUCUAGAACCAGAUAAAACCAGUUGUAAAGCUUUAAAUCACACUGCGGCUUUCUUAAUCAUUUCAAACAGACACUCAAUUUUGGUAGCGGACCUAAAAGAACAAGGUUUGGAACGAGUUCCCAUCAUAGUCGAAAACGUUGUUGCUACUGCCUCAAACAUGCACACUGGUACGAUAUUCUGGUCGGACAUGAAGCUCAAGAAAAUAUCAAAACUGGAAAGGGGUGGUGAUCCAGUGGAAAUAAUUUCUACCGGCCUGGAUUUAGUUGAAGGACUGGCCUACGAUUGGAUUGGCAAGAACAUUUACUGGCUAGAUUCGAAACUCAACACGAUUGAGGUUUCUAAAGAAAAUGGGGAUAGUAGGAUUGUUAUUGCUAGGGAAAAUAUCACUCAACCGAGAGGAAUGUGUGUAGAUCCAAGUCCUGGAACCAGAUGGCUUUUCUGGACUGACUGGGGAGAAAAUCCAAGAAUUGAACGUAUGGGUAUGGAUGGAACCAACAGAUCAAUUAUCAUAAACACCAAAAUCUACUGGCCUAAUGGUUUAACACUUGAUAUAGCCACGCAAAGAGUUUAUUUCGCUGAUUCAAAAUUGGACUUCAUUGAUUUUUGUUAUUACAACGGAACAGGAAGACAACAAGUUCUGUCCGGAAGCCAUUACCUUUUGCACCCACAUUCACUAACGCUAUUUGAGGAUACCAUGUACUGGACUGACAGACAGUUGAAUAGAGUAUUAUCGGCCCACAAAUACAAAGGCAACAAUCAGACAGUUGUUUCUCAUCUUAUCUCGCAACCUUUAAGUAUUCACGUGCAUCAUCCAUCUCUGCAACCUAUUACUAACAAUCCUUGCGCAUUAGCUCCUUGCCAUCAUAUUUGUUUAUUGUCUCCGUCUACAUCCACUGGCUACAGUUGUAAAUGCAAACCUGGUUUUAAAUUAAACUCUGGCGGUAGCUGCAGUGAAGAAGAUUCCAAUUUCUUAAUGGUUAUGAAGGGCACUCAAAUCGUGGAUCGUUCCUUGAAUCCUGGUGAAGAAUCUACUGGAUAUAUUACUCCAAUUGUUGGCAUCGAACACGGAGUACAGAUUGACUACGACAGAAAGACAAAUACAAUUUACUGGGUAGAAAGCAAAGAUGAAGAAGGGGAAAAUUGUACUAUAUGGAGCACGCCUUACAGUGGUGGAAACAAAACCCAGGUCCUCGGAAUUGAUAAUGGCAUUGUGGGAGCUGCAUCUUCUAUUGCGUUUGAUUGGCUUGGAAGAAAUAUGUACGUCGGUAACAGAAAGUCUAGUAAUAUUGAGGUUAUCAGAAUAGACGGAAAAAUUAAAUACAGAACAAUAAUUUUGGCUAAUGAUGGAAACACUACUUCUGUGGCAACACCUAGAGCUAUUUGCUUAGACCCAACAGACGGAAAACUUUAUUGGACAGAUGCUGGUGGCUUCGGAGUUCCUCAAAAGAUUGGUAAAGCUAAUAUGGACGGAAGUAAUUCGGUUGUUUUAACUGAAAUAGAAAAACCAGACGCAUUGACUAUUGAUAUCGAAACGAAAACCUUGUAUUUCAGCACGCAGUAUCCUCCUAAGAUAGGAAAAAUUAGCGUCAACGGCAAAGAAAUAACAUUUAUUUUGCGUGAAGAAGAUUACAUUUCAUCUCCAAAAGCUAUUGGUGUCUUAGGUAAUAGAUUGUUCUACAUGGAUCCAGAUUAUGAAAAACUAGUACAAGUCGCUUUACCGUCUGGUAGCAAUCCAAGAGUCAUCUUAGAAAACGAGCCAAGUCUAAAAACUUUCACUAUAUUUAAGAAGAGGCCUCUUGGAGAUCAUCCAUGCCUGCAAAAUAAUGGGGGCUGUGAACAUAUUUGCGUCCCAGCCGAAGGACGGUCAAGAACUUGUGCUUGUGGUAUUGGAUACAAGAAGAACGAAAUGAGUUGUGUUCCUCACAGAACAUUUGCUGUUGUUUCUCAACUCGACAUAACUAGAGGAUACAGCCUUAAAGAUAGCGCUGAAGCUAUUGUACCAAUUACUGGUCCAGGGCAUCAUAUUCUUCAUGUGGACGUUCAUUUUGCUGAGCAAUGGAUAUACUGGAUAGAGUUUAAUAGGGGCUAUUGGAAUGGUAUAUUUAGAAUAAGACCAAACGGUACAGAAAUGGAACAUAUUAUAAAAGACGGUAUUGGCAGCAAUGGCAUAAGAGGAAUUGCAAUUGAUUGGAUAGCAGGAAAUAUGUACUUUACUAAUGUGUUUCCUCAUGAAAAUUAUGUUGAGGUAUGUUGGUUGGAUGGACGUCAUCGUAAAAUCAUCGUUAAAACUACCACUGACGCUCCUAGAGAAUUGGCUGUUAACCCAAUUAAGAGAAUUCUUUACUGGAUUGAUUAUGGCCAAUACCCAAAAAUUGGAAAAGCUAACUUGGAUGGAUCAGACUGGCAGCCUGUAGUGACGUCUGGCAUUAGCAAUCCUACAGAUCUUACCAUUGAUAUGAACACUCAUGAUGUAUACUGGGUAGACUCCAAAUUAGAUAUGAUUCAAAGAAUCUCUUACAGUGGUGGAAACAGACAAGUAAUCCGAAGAAAUUUACCAAAUCCUAAAGGUAUAGCCAUGUACAAAACUGAAUUAUAUUGGGUAGAUAGGAAUCUUAAAUCGAUAUUAAAAGCUUCCAAAUUACCAGGCAAUAUGUCUCUUCCGACGAAAGUACGCAACAACUUGGCUAAUUUGAGAGAUAUAGCAAUAUACGAUAUUACAAAUCAACCUUCAGAUGACUCGAACCCUUGUAGGAAGUUCGGAAAUGGAGGAUGUGAACAACUCUGCUUCUCGUUCCCAGUUGAUAUCGCAACUGGACCAAGAGCGUCGUUUAAAUGCGAUUGUGCUACCGGUAAUCUGACAGAUGGACGAAAAUGUGAUUUUGUUAACGAAUAUUUGGUGUUUACCACAAGAACUGAAGUAAGAACGGUACAUCUAGAUCCACAAUCUACAAAUGUACCAUUUGCACCUAUAGGUAAUCUUACCAAUGUUGUCGGAAUUGAUUUCGACUAUAAACAUCAAACACUGUUCUUCACUCAGAUCAAACCAUGGGCAAAAAUAGCCAAGAUGCCUGCAACUAAACCAGACAGUAAUUCCAUUGUUACUAUGAAAAACAAGGGUAUAAAUCCUGAAGGGGUAGCGUAUGAUUGGACACAGCAAAAGAUAUAUUGGACCGAUUCUUCCAACCGCAGCAUCUAUGCCAUGAACUUGGACGGCACUGAUUUGGUCAUGAUUGUUAGGGUUGAAAGACCUAGAGCAAUUGUCUUGGAUCCAUGCAAUGGAACGUUAUUCUAUACAGAUUGGGGCAAAUUUGGAACCGCAGGCAAAAUUUUUAGAACAACAAUGGCUGGAUCUUUGAAACGAGUAGUUAUCGACCGGAAUUUAGCUCAACCCAGUGGCCUGGCUAUAGAUUAUGACGAACAAAUGCUAUAUUGGACAGAUGCAGUGAGAGAGAAAAUUGAACGAUCUGAUCUAAAUGGAAAAAACAGAGAGAUUCUAGUGUCUGCUACUAUAUAUCCCUUCUCCAUAACAGUUUUUGGUAGAUACAUCUACUGGACAGAUCUACAACUUAGAGGAGUCUACAGAGCAGAAAAACACACUGGAGCCAACAUGGUAGAAAUGGUAAAGAGGCUCGAAGACAGCCCGAGAGAUAUACAAGUGUAUUCAGACAGAAGACAGCGAUGUAGUGUUAAUCCUUGUCUUAUUAACAAUGGUGGCUGCGCACAGAGUUGUCAUCCAGGUCCGAAUGGUACAGCUGAGUGUCGGUGCGACGAACAUAGUAAACUGGUUAAUGAAGGUAGAAUGUGUGUGGCCAAGAACCUUAGCUGUGAUACUAGUAAAUUUUACUGUGCAAACGGUAGAUGCAUUUCCAGAAUGUGGGCGUGUGACGGAGAAGACGACUGUGGAGAUAAUAGCGAUGAAGACACAAAGUAUUGCUCUUUUCAUUCCUGUUCGCCUAAUGAGUUCAGAUGUGCAAACGGCCGUUGCAUAUUCAAAUCCUGGAAAUGUGACCACGAAAAUGACUGCAAAGAUGGUUCCGAUGAACAAGAUUGCCAAUAUCCUCUCUGCGCCGACGGAGAAUUCACUUGUGCCAACCACAGAUGUAUUCCUAUGGCUCAGGUAUGCAAUGGCGUGAAUGACUGCAAAGAUAACAUUACAUCUGAUGAAACACACGAAAGAUGUCCUAACAAUACAACAUGUCCUCCCAACCAUCUAAAAUGCGAAAAUACCAAUAUAUGUGUAGAGCCUUACUGGUUAUGCGAUGGAGAUAACGAUUGUGGUGAUAACUCCGAUGAAAAUCCAUUACAUUGUGCUCAAAGAACUUGCCCACAAAACAGCAUCAGAUGUUCAAACCACAGAUGCAUACCUGCAACUUGGUAUUGCGAUGGAGACGACGAUUGUGGUGACGGUGCUGAUGAACCUCCAGAGUACUGCAAGAGUGAUGGAAGAACCUGCUUUGGAGAUUUAUUCACUUGUGACAAUGGUAACUGCGUUCCAAGAACAUACAUCUGCGAUGGAGAUAAUGAUUGUUUAGACAACAGUGACGAAGAUAGCAGACAUGAAUGCAACGACAGAAAAUGCGAUGAAGAAAACGAAUUCGUGUGUGAAGCAAACAAGGAGUGGCACAGAGCUCAAUGUAUUCCUAGGAAGUGGAUAUGCGACGGAGAUCCGGAUUGUGUUGAUGGUGCUGACGAGAACGCUACUAUACAUCACUGCGCGACACCUCAGCCUUGUAGCGACGAUCAAUUUACAUGUGGUAAUGGAAGAUGUAUCAACAAAGGUUGGGUUUGUGAUCACGACAACGACUGCGGAGAUGGUACCGAUGAGGGCAAAGAAUGUAACUCCAAAUACAAAACAUGUUCUCCCAAUGAGUUUGCCUGUCAAAACUUCAAAUGCAUUCGUAGUCAAUACAGAUGCGAUGGCGAAGAUGAUUGUGGAGAUCAUUCUGACGAAGUUAACUGCAAAAAAGAAAAUCAAACGUGUGCCGAUCCAACCCAAUUCAGAUGCAACAACGGCCAAUGUAUCAACUACAAUUUGGUCUGUAACAAAGUAUCUGAUUGCAGCGAUGACUCUGACGAACCUUUACAUUGCAACGUGGAUGAAUGCGCCAAAGUCGAAAUACACCAGUGUGGGCAUAAAUGCGUUGAUACACCAACGGGAUACUAUUGUGAAUGUAACCAAGGAUAUAAGUUACUGGACGACGGAAAAGCUUGUGCUGAUAUAGACGAAUGCAUAGAAAAACCGGGUGUAUGCUCUCAAUAUUGCUCGAACACACCUGGUAGUUACUAUUGCAAGUGUAACGAAGAAUACUAUGAAAGGGAAUCCGAUGAGCACACUUGCAAACGAAAAGACAACAUCACACCAUGGGUUAUAUUCACCAACAAGUAUUAUGUCAGAAAUAUGUCAAUUGAUGCUCAUAUCUACAAUUUAGUACACCAAGACUUGAUGAACGUUGUAGCUCUCGACUACGAUUUAAAAGAUCAAAACAUUUAUUUCUGCGACGUAACUGCCAAGACCAUAUUUAGAAGUGCUUUUGGAAGUAAAGUUAAAGAAGCGGUGAUACGGCAUGACUCUCACGGGUUAGAAGGAAUUUCCAUAGAUUGGAUAGGCAGAAAAAUAUAUUGGUUGGAUAGACACUCCAAGAAUCUUGAUGUUGCUGAACUUGACGGAACAAAUAGAAAAACUCUUAAGACUAGUAUACAAGACCCAAGAGCUGUAGUUGUUCAUCCUGGUACUGGAUAUUUGUACUUAUCUUCUUGGCACCUGCAAGCUUUUAUUGGUAAAAUAGGAAUGGAUGGUUCAAACUUCACCAGGAUUCUUACAUGGGAAAACGACAUUGCCUGGCCAAAUGCCCUUACUAUCGAUUUCUUCACCGACAGAUUGUACUAUGCUGACGCUCAUCUAGACUACAUUGCUCAUUGUGAUUUAGAGGGCAGAAACAGGCAUAUUGUUAUUUCAGGCAAUGCUGUACCACACGUUUUCGCUCUAACACUUUUCGACGAUUUUAUAUACUGGACAGAUUGGAAUUUGAAAGCCAUUAGUAGAUCGAAUAAAUUCGAUGGCAAAGGACUGCAGAUUUUAAGAAACACCACUCACAAACCAUACGACAUCCACAUCUUCCAUCCUUUAAGGCAGCUUCCUUACUUUAAUCCAUGUGCAACGAACAACGGUGGAUGUUCUCACUUAUGUUUAAUUGCUCCUCCACCAGCUUCCAGUUACCUCAACAUCGACGGUUAUGGAGAUGAAGGGCAAACUACCUUCGCAUGCGCCUGUCCCAAUCAGUUCUACUUGGCUAGCGAUAAGAAAACUUGCAUCGCGAAUUGUACGGAUGGUCAAUGGCAAUGUAAAGGACGUGAUGAGAAAUGUAUUCCGUGGUUCUGGCAGUGUGAUGGAGAGAAAGACUGUAAAGACGGUUCCGAUGAACCUGCAACAUGUCCUCCACGCCAAUGUAGAGCUGGUUCCUUCCAAUGUAAAAACCUCAACUGCACACCUUCUGCGACUAUUUGUGACGGCACCGAUGAUUGCGGGGAUAAUUCUGACGAACAGAAUUGUGACAAAGAAUGUCCAGAACUGGAAAUAAAAUGUAAAUCCAACGGCAGAUGUAUUUUGUCAAGCUGGCAAUGCGAUGGAGAUGCUGAUUGUAAAGAUGGAUCCGACGAAGAUCCAGAAAUUUGCCAUAAACGAGCUUGUGAUCCCGAAAUCGAAUUCGCUUGCAAGAAUGGCCGUUGUAUACCGAAAUUGUGGGUUUGUGACGCUGAUAAUGAUUGCGGCGAUGAUUCAGAUGAACCUGCCUACAUGUGCCGACAAAGGAAUUGUACCACCGGUUGGCAACGUUGUCCUGGAAGAGCUAACUACCGUUGUAUUCCAAAAUGGCUCUUCUGUGAUGGCAAAGACGAUUGCAGAGACAACUCAGAUGAACUACCAGAAAACUGCCCACAAUGCAAUCCUGAAACUGAUUUUAAAUGUAAAAAUAACAGGUGUAUACCGAAGCAAUGGAAGUGUGACUUUACAGAUGACUGUGGAGAUGGAUCUGAUGAACUUGAAGAACAGUGUAAGGGAUCUUACAGAGAAUGCUCAGAAUCAGAGUUCAGAUGUGGUAAUGGAAAAUGCAUUUCUUCCCGAUGGAGGUGUGAUCACGAAGACGAUUGUGGUGAUAAUUCCGAUGAAAGCGAUUGUAAUGGAUUCCAAUGCAAGAAUGGUACUUUCCAAUGUGCUUCAGGACAUUGUAUUGCCUCGUAUUUCCGCUGUGAUGGCGACAGAGAUUGCAGAGAUAUGUCGGAUGAAAAGAACUGUCCUCCUAGGUAUCCUGGAGGAAGAUACUGCCCAGAAUCCCGCUUCGAAUGUGAUAAUCAUCUAUGUAUUAGUUCAGCUGAUAUUUGUGAUGGAGCUGAUGACUGCGGUGAUGGUUCAGAUGAGUCUCCACUUCUAUGUACCAACUUUAACUGUGAUACUUUAAAAAGAUAUCAAUGUGCCAACCAUAAGUGCAUUCCUAGAUACCAAUUGUGUGACGGUAUCGAUAAUUGUGGAGAUGGAUCUGAUGAAAAUAAUAUGACUCUUUGUGCUACCAAAAUGAAACCAUGCGAUAGUCUUACCGAAUAUAAAUGUGCCAAUAGAAAAUGCAUCGACAGAAAACAAGUUUGCGAUUUUGCGGACGAUUGUGGUGAUAGUUCUGAUGAGCUUGGAUGUCAUCAUAAUGAUGUUUGUUCUGAUGCUACUAAAGGAGGUUGCGAACAUCACUGUAUGAACCUAACCGAUGGAGGUUACAUCUGCGCUUGCUAUUCAGGUUUUAUUAUAUCUCAAGAAAACCGGAAAGUAUGUUUAGAUGUAGAUGAAUGCGCUACUGGUACUCACCAUUGCUCACAGAUAUGUAUAAAUUUGAAUGGAACCUACGGUUGUGCUUGCAGAGAUGGUUUUAGACUGUCAGAUCAACUAUCGGGUGUUUGUAAAGCAGAAAAAGAAGAAGUUAGCUUAUUGGUGGCCAACGGAGGUGAAAUAAGAUCGUUUGAGUUGAAGCGCAGAGAAGUUGAAGGAGUAAUAACUGAAGAACAACGUAUUGAUGCUGUUGAUUAUAGUCCUAAACAACAGAUGAUAUUCUGGGCUGAUAGUAGACAAAAAACUAUUAAACGGUCCUACAUGAUCAAUGCUCUUAAUGGUGAAGUUAAAGCGGGAUUCUCUCAAGAUUUAGAAAUUAAAGGCAAUUCUAAACCUGUCGCUAUAGCAGUAGAUUGGGUAGCUAAUAAUCUUUACUGGACGGAAAUCGAUAGAAGCGCUAAACCGAAAGGACGAGUAAUGGUAGCUAAAACGGACGGAAGAUACCGUAGAUCUCUUAUUAAUGUUGGUUUAGAAAAUCCAUCGUCACUUGUAGUUGAUCCUUCUCUUGGCAAGAUGUUCUGGACAGAUUCUGGUUCAACACCGAAGAUAGAAGUGGCAUGGAUGGAUGGUUCCAAACGAAGAACUCUCAUUACGGAUCAAAUUCGUCAUCCAACUGGCCUAGCUAUCGAUUACUCAAUGGAUCACGCGGUUUACUGGGUAGAUACGAAGUUGAAUAUUAUUGAAAGAAUGAAUCCAGACGGUAGCAAUAGGAUGACUGUGAUAAGAGGAGAUAUAUUGAAGCAUCCUAUAUCACUGGAUGUAUUUGAAGCCAACAUUUAUUGGAUAACAAAAAACACAGGCGAGUUAAUUCAACAAGAUAAGUUUGGACGAGGGGUUCCAGUGGUAAUUCAGAGAGAUAUGCAGAACCCGUCUAGUGUUAAAGUUUACCAUCAACUCAAGUAUAACGAGUCCAUAACAGAUCCUUGCUCUAACAAUCACUGUUCUCAUCUUUGUUUGGUAGUUCCGAAUGGCCACCGAUGCUCCUGUCCUGAUUCUGCUACUCCUAGUCAGAAAAUCAAGGCAGAUAUUGUUUGUGACGCUGCUUCAGAAAGGGAGCGACCUCUACCGAGAAUAUGCAAAUGCGAAAACGGCGGAUACUGUCAAGAAGUUGACGAUAGCCAAGAACUGUCUUGUAAAUGUUUGGAAAAUUACCAGGGCGAAUUCUGUGAGAUCCAUUCAGAGCAUAGCACAGCUGGACAAGCAGCCAAUACUACUGCUAUCAUCGUUCCUAUUGUAGUUGUAUUGUUAAUAUUGGGUGCAGCUACCGGUGUCUACUUCUUCAUCAGAAAGAGACCUUUCAAGGGAUCUGGAUUAGGCAGUCUAGCAAGUAGUCAAAGUGUAUCGUUUAGACAAGGAACCAACGUAGAGUUCGGUCCAAAUUCAUUUAACAAUGGCGGUGGUCCUUCUGAACCGGUGGAUGUAGCCUAUAAUUUAGAUGCAAUCAGUGGCAAUGUUGGAAACAAAAACCGAGAUUUCCACAAUCCAAUGUAUGAUGCUGUACAGAAUAAUCCGGAUACACUUCCUAACGGAAGUGGAGCUCUCUACGAGGUCUCCGACUUACCAAAAGCAAAAGGUGAUACAUUCCUAGAGCCCCCUAGCGCAGUAAUAGCGCCAUCUAGCAUCAAACACAUGUCAUCUCCUAACGUUCAAGUAAAACACAGAGAACUUGAUCCGGCAACCCAGGAUACGGGUAAAGAUACUCAAAAACUUGUAGAGGAAGACUGCUGAUAUCAAUUGAAAAUCCCAAUCUUUAAUAUAGCAUACAACUACAAUAGAUAAUAUCAACAAAAGUGAACUUUUUGUAUUAUAAAGUGACGUUACUUGAUUUUAUUGACAGGUAAACAUUGUUUUUGUAUCAUUUUACUAAAACAAUGUAGAAUUAAAAAUCGUUUUCUGAGUUUUGUAAUGAUAGUAAUGUAGAAUUAGUGGAAUGAUAUAAAAGCGCGACGUCUAGACUCUUGAGUUUAGAAGUUAUUUAGUCAAUAUCAUAAUUUAUUUUUUCAAUGUUUGUGGAUAAGUCAAUGUUGAGAAAUAUAUUUUUUUAUUGAGAAUGUAGUGAGACGAAUUUUUCAUGAACUGGAACUAGACCUGUAGGACUGUUGCAUAUUGGGAUUCAAGUGCCAUUGAAAAUUGAAAGAAAAUGAACAAAAAUGACAUUCUAGUUCCAUUCUUAUGAGAAAUGAUUAAAUACAUUGUAAUUUUCCAGUAGUACGGUCGUCUGUGAAAUUGUGAAAUGAUUUACAAAAAUUUUGACAACUAUUUCGGGCUAUUGAAAACAUUUUGUUUACAUCGUUUCUGUGGUAUGUAAUUUUAUUCUUUUUAGUGUUGUAAAUAGAUGUAAACAUGGUUUAAAAUAACAAUGUACAUAUUUUAAUAUCAAUUUUAAUAUUUUACCUACUAGGUUUUAAUUUUUAGUCAAUUAUUGGAAAAUAUAUUGACAGUUUUUGGAAUUUGUAACAACAACAGAUACCUUUCCGUGUAAAAAAUUAUAUUCUUAGUUCGAUAUUUUAUGUUAUGCGAUUUGCAUUGGUUCUUUGUUCGUCUUAAAAACUCGUACAAUAUAAUUUAAAAGUCGAAAAAAGUCGAAAGCUUGACUUAACUUUAUGUCUUUCAGCUUAAGCGUCCAUCAUUAGCAUAUAUUCGAUCAAUGAUGUAUUCUUGAUGAUUUCUAGUAGUACUACAAACUACCAAGUAGUUUUUCAUUCCUUUAUAAUGGAGAAUGUUGUGACUGUUAACAUUUAACUCUCUAAUAAGUUUCUUAUUCUUAUUUCCAAAUUAAAACAGAUUUGUCUUUGUUGCAUAUUUUUGUUAAAAUAUCACACGUAGUGUAAAUACGACUAACUUUACAUUUGAUUUGUAUAUAAAUUAUAUUGUUUAAUACUACGAUUUUGUUACUACACAUUAAUACAACAAUCGAAUAAUUUUCUUCUUCAAAAUUUCUUGCAGGUGACCAAUGACAUUUCUACGUCAUCACAGUGCAACCAACUGUUUAUAAAAUUUCCUAACCAAGAUUUUAGAAUGAUUUUAUUUUGACUUAUUUGCAUCAUAUUUUCAAUAAAAUAAUGUUUUAUUGAAAUUUGAUACACAAAAAAUAAUAAUUUACAUUCAAUAGUUUAGAAAGAGCACAUUCAUCACAGAAAUUAGGAAUUAUUGGUAUUGUUUCCAGAGUGACCAUGUAUUUUUAUUAAUAAGACAAAGUUUUGUGUAAUAUCAAUAAAUCUAAAAUACUGUUAUCAGUAAUUAUUUAUUGUAUUUCGUAAACAAAAUUCCAUAAAAAUUAAAUAUUCAUUGUAAGGAGCUUGUGUCUUCAUUAAAUCAAUAUGUGAAAAGGCCGUGAUAAUUGACAGCCUCUGAGGUAUCAUAAGUCGUAACAGAAAUUACUAGUGAGUUCUUGGUGUAACUUAGUUUUUCUAAAAGUCUAGAAUGUUAACCUUCCAGCGGUCACGGCCUUCGUACCAACAAGAAUGGUCGCGCUUAUUUCCUAGAUACGCCAAACGCUAAUUAGUUAUUUUAAGAUGUAGAUAAUGAAAUAUUCUAAUAAUAAUACAAAAUAUAUUCGGUGGUACACUGUAUUUCUUAAAAAUUUUUAUUGAAUUUUAUUAAAAUUAACAACGGUGUCAUAAAUCCUAGAUGUCUCCUAUUAUUAUAGAUAUUGCACAUUACAUAUAUUAUUGUAUCGCAGUUUUGCAGUCUUGACAAAUAUGCUUUGAAUGUUCCAUACAGAUGAAUUUUUGACAAAUUUCACAGCUGAAACGCGUAUCCUUGACCGUUUAUCAUUUUGACGAGGCUUACAUCUUCUUUUACUGGCUGUGGUCUCAUCUACUGUCUCGAUACCUAAUUCUGCUUUUCUUUUCGAAAUUUUUUCUUUGAGCUCAUUUUCAAGGGAGUAUUGUGUUCUUCGUUCGACGUGUCCUUUCACCAGAGCAUUUGAGAGUAGUCGAAAGUAUUUUUUUCUAAGUAUUUUUUCGCUAUUAUUGGUGGAAUAGAUUAUAUAACUCUUGGUCGCGGCUACAUUUAACAUGGAAAAAAAUACUAGCAUCGGCGAUCUUCUGGUGUUCCUGGCAACAUUGCAAGAAGUACAAUGUUUGUCUACUGUAUCUACACCUCCCUUUGACCCUUUGUCUUGUUAUAGAAUGUUAUAAUCUCGGGUUUCUUUUGGUCAUCUGUUUCUUCGUCCAUUGCUGCGUCAUCAUGUAGGCUUGAAAUUAAUAUUACGUUUUUAUAGCACUUAGGCACGUAGGAAACAAGAGUUAUGUCGUUAUAUUAUGUCUCUCAUUAAAAAUAGAAAUCUUCUCCAAGUCAUCACUGUUUUGAAAUCAUCCAUUCUCCAUAGUUCUUCAAGGUUAACUCGAUUACCAUGGUAAAUGCCCGCCAAAUAAAGCAAGCCCAAAAGGGCUGUUAUUUUUAGUUUGUCAGUAUCCCUGGCAUCUCUUGGACGACAAUAAUUAGAUCUUACAGAACUUAAGUCCUUAUUUGUGAAGUUCACGAUGCUCUCAUUUCUUCUUCUCACUUUCCUUCUUCUGCUCUUCUCAGUUCCAAAUAUUAACGAUGUCUAUGAGAUUCUUAGCUGGUCCAAUGACCUCAGGGAAGUAAUAGUAAUAUAUUGCGAGGUGGUCACUUACUUUUUUUGUUUGGAUUUUUUUUUUGCCAAAUCCAUGAGUCGAAAACUUUUCCAUUUUUCUUUAGAUGAGCUCGUUGGAACUGUCAGCUUCGUCUUCACAAUCAGACUCAGUAUCGUCAUCACGUUCCGAAACAUGUUCCUCUUCGUCUGUAUCACUAUUAUCCAUACGUAUAUCGUCAUCCGACUCAGCAACCAUUAAAUUUGUAACAGCUUCUAUAUCAAUGGGAUAUAGAAGCUGUUACAGCUUCUAUAUCCCAUUCAAAAUUGAAAAAUCUUCUUUUUAUCCGCCAUUUCUAAAAUAAAAUAAACAAAAUGGAACUAAUUGUCACAAAUGGCCGCGUGUAUACGAGAGAUACAGACCUAUUAUAUCAACGUAGAAAGUUUUCAACACAAAAAAUGCAUGAAAUAGUAAUAUGUUAUCAAUAUUACAAUAAGAAUAAUGUAACUAUAACAAAAAAAAAACAGAUGUUAUAAAAACUUACCUAAAAAGUAGCGCGUAUAUCUGAAAUACAAAUCCAAAAUUCUCAGCAACGUACUAUCCCUUGACAGGUUAUUUGUGCACUGGAAGGUUGCUUUAGUAAUGGAGUAGGAAUAGCGAAAAGCACCCGAUCGCAGCGCAGCUUAGGUAAUAGAUAUUAUACUAAAUCUACUACCGUGUAUCUACCACAUCCGCGCGACCGCUGGAAGGUUAAGAAUGUUAAGAAAUUAGACAGGAUGAAAAUUUUGUCAAGUAAUAAUUGGUUUUGUAUUUAAAUCUAAUUAUACAAAUUAUUCAUUGCAAUUAAUUAUUUUUUAUGUACAUUUGCACCAUAGAUGUAUAUAUUAACAUUAUAUUGUAAAUAUUUACGUCUAUGAUUUGCACAGAUAACUUAAUAAUAUUAAUCUUAACCUAACAUUUCUUAUACUUCAUAAUUCCCUAUGUCAACUGUCAACUCCACACGAAAAUGACAACGUCAAAUUUGGGUGAUUUGCACGAUUAUGUAAUGUAAUAUACAUGUAAUAUAUCGAAUAUUACAAUACGGUAUAUUAUUAUAUCGUUGCUUGUAACGGAUUUAUAUGAAAAGAGUUUGUAUUAACCUUAUCCAAUUUAACGUUGACAUUUUUGUAUAGCGUUACCGAUAUGCCAGAAUAGUGGAGAAUAUAGAAAAUUUGAAAAUGGUAAUAAAGUUAUUAUUAUAAAUUCAUCUCUCUAGAUGUACAUGAUAAAAAAAAGUAACGACUAAAAAUAAAAAAUUAUAAUGAAGAAGUUUUAUUAAAUUUAAAUACAAAACAUACUGCUACUCUUGCGAAGUAGUAAACUGGGGUCACUUGGAACCUUUAUGAAGAACAAUCUUGAAUGCAACAUUUGAGUAGAUUGUACAUUCGUCUUGGCAACAAUAUAAUCAAUAGUUGGAGAUCUUAUUUCUGGGAUUCCUAAAUGUGUAUUUAUUCUGUGGUUUAUAGUAGAAAUGUACUUUUAAUUCGUUUGAUAAAACUUUUUCUUUAAAACGUUGUUUAAUUGCGGAAAAAAAGUUUCUUCACUUAACUAUCUAUUUAUUUUGAGGUUUUCCAAUUAUUUUCUGCAGCUUGUUGUAAAAAUCUUCACUUUCUUCUUUUGGUGUCUUCUCUUCAGAUGCAUAUAUCGGUAAUAAGUAUAUUUAAUAUGUAAAACGAAUUUCAGUUCGAUAAACGUUUCCUGAUCUUUACUAUUAAGACAUUUUAUAGCAUAUUAUGAUUUUUUCUAAUUUGUAAUCCUUUUUCGCAUGUGUAACCUCUUUUCAGUUUUAUUAUAAGACAAGGACUCGGUUCUGGAAACCUGUUUGUCUUUCACGCUAGGUGCUAACCUGCCUGGAAACGCUCCUUUUAUCUGUGUUUGGAACAAGCAAUGUUCCCAAGAGUUGUUGCCUUAUUAAGUACCCAUUUCAUCAGUGGUCAGUAUCGUCACACCAGUUUAUAUUUCUUUACUUUUGGAUUUUUAUGAUGUGCUUGUUUUCAUAUAAGGCUGAUUGGUAUUUUGCGUAUAGGGUAUUUGGUUUUAAGGUUCUAGAUUGUACAAACUGAUCAGUAUAUUGAAAUAGAGUAUGUGAUUUUACAUUAUAUUAUAAUAUUUACAGAUUCUUCAAUAGGUAUAAGGUUUUUGCUGUUACUGAACCAAAUCCCAAGAACUAUCUAUAUGUUUUAACCAUUACAUUUUAUUUAUUCUGCAUAAUAUUUAUUUAUACUCACUGUGCAGCAAAAAGUAGCAUACGUUGUUCGCAUAUUUCACAGACUAACAUAUAUAUGUAAAUAUUCUAAGUAGUUCUCAUGUAAAAAAUCAAAAACCUUUCCGUUUAAUAUUAAUAACCUUUUGAACAUUCCAAUUUUUACGUCUAUUAAGUGAAAAACACCGUCCAACGUUGUUGUAAUGAAAUUUCCUCUGAAACAAAUCAGAUGCUGUUUUAUUUUAGUUUAAAUUUUAUUGAAUUGUUAUUUAAUUCUAUGAUUUUAUCGAUAAUAAGGAAUAUUUCUUUUGAGAGGCGAUUGGGCUGAGUAAUGAACAUGUCUUUAAUUUGUAAACUAGUCAGUAUUCUUACCACCCGUUAAUAAACGCUUGAGGCAUUCUUGAACCUGCGAAAAUCUCGAACACCAAAUUAUUUUGCCAUAGAAAAAAAUACAAGUAAUGCAAUCAAGUACAUCAAAUUACAUUAUCUUCCAUAACCCUGUUAUACUACUAAAUUCGUGUUCACAAAUGUUGGUAUGUCAAAGAUAUUGAGCUAUUUCGAUAGUAUUUCUAAGAAAAUAUGCUUGAGCAUUGUUUUAGACUGUAUUUCGAAUUCCUAUAUACUUUCAAACAACAUAACCUAGAUUUCAAUUUGAAAACUUCCUAGCAAAGUUUGAACUUAUUUUUUAAGUGCAGAAUGACAAUUUCAUAGUAUAAAAUUGAUGUAAUCUUAUAUAUAAAUGAUAAAAUGAUAUUUUUAACUUAUGUACUCAAAAAUUAUGUCCUUAAGUCCUUUAUUACAUAAAUAUGUAUAUAUUGUCACUUUUCUUCGUGUAAGAAAUCGCUACCUUCAGGACGACAUGUUACUACAACUAAUUAAUAUUCCUAUAAGCUCUUAGUGUUUUUAAUGUUAAUAUUCUGUUUGUUUAAUUUUACUAUAUCCGAAAAUAUCUUACUCUUAUUGUGAUUUCAACAUAUUUUUUGUUUAAAUAUUCCAUAUAUUGAAUUUCUGCUGCUCUUUUUGAUUUAUGUCUAAUAUGUUUUAAAUUUCCGUUAACUUUCAGUUUAAUUAUGCAUUAUUCAGUAUUUUAUUAUUUUAAUAAAUCUAUGCUUAAACUAUAUGUCAUUAUUACGCCAAAAAUCCUGAUUGUAUUUCCAGCUACUUAACUUCUUCCAAUAUACAUAUCAACCGAUGUUCAUUAUUUUGCCCGUAAACCCUUCAAGAAAAGGGUAGCAUUGAAUGCUUGUAGACUAGAACUUAUGACGUACUUACAGCAUGAAGUUACCCCAAAAAUAAAAUAUUCAUUAUGGUCUUGUUGCAACUAUAUGUAACUUUGUGUAAAUAUUUUGGGAGCAAAAUUGUCUGUUUUACAGAAGAUAAUAUAAAAAUUGUUUA